AUGUCAUUGGAUUUCACAUGUGAAAACCGUGAAAUCAUUCCAUUAAUAAUUCCUACAAGUAAAAAUCCUAAUGGUCGUUGGAUCACUAUCAAUGAAGCCAAAAAUAGAGCAUUUCAAAGAUAUCAAAAAUACGGUAAAGGUCAAUUAGUUCCCUAUUACAUGCUACCAGUAUUAGGAACUCUUCCUUCGGUUCAUCAUGUUUAUGCGGAAUGGUAUUUUGGAUUAGAUGAUAAUCCUUCUAUUGAUCUAUUGCUAAAAACUAAUGGUGAUAAAUGGAAAAAUGAUAAUAAGGCAAGAUUAGUUAGAAGAAGUUUCUUAAUUGAGGAAAUUAAAAUGAGAGAAUUCGAUUUUACUACUGCAGAAGUAUUGGUCUUAUUGGAUUUGUUAAAAGGAAAAGAUAAAUUGAAUAAAUUAGUUGAUGUCAAGUUAUUAAAUCGUAAAAGAUAA